AUGGGACCAUCCUUUGACGUUCGUUGUUACAAUGGAUGCAUUGUAGGUGGUGUAAGAUUUCACACUAUUGAACUUGAUUCUCGAUGUAGUACUCAAAAUAGUGGAAUAAUGGUCAUUGAGUUCUGGGUCGACUGUCAUAGACAUUUCAAAAAGUACAGCGACCCGGAGGAGGCUCGUGCCAACCCACCAAACGCAUUGGUUGGACGUGAUGAGGAUUGGCACUUCCUCUGCGACCAUUAUAUCGGUCGUGCAUUCCAGGAGCAAUCACGGACAAACAAGGCUGCUAGACAGAAGCAGCCUUACAAUCAUAGUAGCGGGUCUAAGUCGUUUCGACAACAACAGCAUGAGCUCGCUGAAAGAAGAGGGCAGUCGGUCGAUCGUGUGGAAUUGUUCUGGGAAACACACGUUCGAGCUGGGACAUUCGUGUCGCAGGCCGCCGAGGAUGCGCAUAAUCAAAUGCUGGAACUCCAAUCCCAGCCUACCCCAGAGGGUAGUCAGCCACUCUCUGAGGAUGAGAUAUGCGAUCAGGUGUUGGGUAGACGACCAGGCUACUCAAAAGGUCUUGGUUGGGGACCCAAGCCGAAGGCCCGCAGAACGGCAAGUGCAAGCAGUUCGUCGACAUCUUCUUCGCAGUCCACCCAAAAAGAAAUUGAAUUACAAGCUAAACUUCAUGAAGCUUUGGAAUGGAUUGAAGUACAAGAUAGAAAUCACCAAGCAUUAGCUUCACAAGUGGAAGCUAUGAAAAAGAUGAUUGAAGACCUAACUCGUGCACAACAGGGACCACCACAUGAUCCCUAGCUCUGCGGACCGAAGGUGUAGAAUGACGCGCAUACGCACCUCGUUAGGAGAUUUUUCAUUAUGUUUAUGUUUUUUCUAUUUUGAGAACUAUAUUUUGUUGUAGUCAACUUAUUCGUAUUAUUAAUUUUAAUUCUAUUUUUUUAA